UUGUAAACACCAAUACUUCCACGAGAUCAGCGGCAGGACGUGGCAAUAUUUUUAAAUACCGUUUGUGUAGAGCAUUUCUACGUCGGUUGGAUUGCCAGCUCUACAUGUCAGCACAGGUGCUGCUGUCAUCGUAGGCGCUAGAAGUUAGCAUUAGCUUAUUAGCACAAGCAAGUAGCAAACACUGUCCAGCAGCUAACGUUGGGUUAGACAGGCGUUGUUUGUGCCAGCUAAAACGGUUAGCUAGCUACUUGUAAACCUCUUGGCUAGUUACCGUACGCAUGUUCGGUAGUUGACUUCUUGCUAUGCUACGAUAUCACGAACUUUCCCUGGCAAUGUUUUUGAGUGUCUUAGUCCUUAGCUAGCUAGAAGAUAUAAUAGUAGCCAAGGCUGCUAGCGAGCAAGCUAACGUUAGCUAGCAAAUGUCGUCAGGUCAUCCUGCCCGGGCGAGACAAUCUAUAUGCUUAUGUUGCAUAAAUGUUUUCAUGGAUGAUUACAUUUUGCAAACAGUCGAAGUGUUCAUUUUUAUAAUAACCCUGGCGAACAGGAUAACUCACGCCUAAGCGCAUCCUUAUGUUGUGUUGUAGAAGUGAAACAAGAACUAUUUGAUGUAAAAUGGGGGACGAUCGACCUUUUGUUUGCUCUGCCUCAGGCUGUGGACAGCGGUUUACCAAUGAAGAUCAUUUGGCAGUACAUAAACACAAGCAUGAGAUGACUUUGAAGUUUGGACAGACUCGGACUGACACUGUUAUUAUUGCAGAUCAGACACCCACUCCCACCCGUUUUCUGAAAAACUGUGAGGAGGUGGGUUUGUUCAGUGAACUUGACGGCUCCUUUGAGCAGGAGCUCCGCAAAAACCAGGAGGAGGAAGAGAGGAGAGCCAAAGCUACAAUUUCUGCUCUGCAAACUUCCUCUGAGAUGAAGGAAAGAGAAGGACCACUGGAGAUUGACUCCUCCCCUCCUGAUAGCCCUUCCUCUGCUUCUAGCAUGUCAGAGAGCAAAGACUCUGUGACUGUGGUGAAGGAGCCUGUUACCAUAAGGAACAACAAGGAUGUGCCUCCACGGACAGCAGCAAGCUCUGCACCUACACCUACCAUAGUGCGACCAGGGUCUCUCCCUCUUCAUCUAGGAUAUGACUCUAUGAACCCAACUCAGCCCUCCCCUACUUCUGUCAUCACCAGAACCCCUCCCUCCAACAGACUCAGCUCCCCCUCUGCUUCCUUUCCUAUGAUGUUGCAGCUUCCAAAUGGUCAGACUGUUCCUUUGCUACCCAGCCCUGGUCAAACGUCAGUAAUAUCAUUGGCCAGGUCAUCAAAUACAGUGCCCAAUAUCCCUGGGAUUCCAGGGCCUCCUAUUGGUGGAAACAGCAGUGGCUCCUCCUCUCCAUCUGGAUACGGAUCACAUAAUGAAGCCAAGAUGAGGUUAAAGGCAGCACUGUCACCACAAAGUGUUAGUGGAACAACGCCAACCCAGAAAACUGAACUUAGUGAGACACUUUCACCAGCUCAACCACAGGUGUCUCCGGCACCACCGAGGGGCGGGCGCAGACGUCGGGCGGCAGAAACGGAGCCGGAUGAGCGUCGGCGACGCUUUCUGGAGCGAAACCGAGCCGCUGCAUACCGAUGCCGGCAAAAACGCAAAGUGUGGGUCAACGCUCUGGAGAAGCGCGCGGAGGAGCUAGCCUCUGCUAAUGUUGCGCUCACGAAUGAAGUGUCUUUCUUGAGGACUGAAGUGACACGUCUGAAAGAAUUGCUGCUGACUCACAAGGACUGUCCUGUUACUGCCAUGCAGAAAAAAGCCUACCUAGCUGCAGGUGUGGAUGAGAGCUCUGUGUCUGCUCUGGUGCUGCCAGUCUCAGUCCCUGCCCCUGUGUCUGUGAACGGCUUGAGCGUCCGAGCAGCGGAGGCUGUGGCUGUCCUGGCUGGGAUGGGCUCUGGCCAGUGGAGCGGUGUGUCUGGAGACAUGCCCUCCCAAUCACAGCCCACUUCCAGAUGAUAAUCAUGUGGCUCAGCCAGUGGGAACUGGGUUCUGAUGAGGUGGGUCUUUCAAAGAAGUCCAAUGUCAGCUCUUCUUCCCUGGAACUAUUCGUCACGCUGUCUUUGUACAUGCUCUUUGUCUAUGACCAAUGGGAUCAUCACUAUAACCUGGUCAUGCCCCCCCCCCCCCCCCCCCCCCCCCAAAAAAAAGUGUGACCUGUCACAUGAUGUCGCUGGCAGACUACCCAGACUAGGACGCACUGCAGUAGAAACCUUAUGUCGUCUUGUGUCAUUUGUCACAUAGACGCGCGCGCGCACUCACACGCGCGCGUGCGCAAAUCCACGAACCCCCACAUUUACAGCACUUCAGCAUGUUCACACUCUGAUGUGCUCCAGUGAUGUCCAUAUUUUGUUGUUUGCUGGUGUUGUCAUUUUUUUAAGCGGUUCUCUAAAGAAGUUCAUAAAUUUUUCUUCAUAAAUGUUUGACUGCAUGAUUAAGACCACAUAAGAUAGAUGAAUACUAUAUUAUGCAGACACUUUUGGCACUUUCCUUCUGUCUCUUUCCCUCUUUCUUUCUUCUCUGUUUAUUCUGCUUCUUUUUCCUCAGUGUCUUGGUUAAAAAACCUAAAGUCAUUUCUCUCAGGUCUCUUGCUCUGUGGCUGUAUUUGAAUGUGGAAAUUAUUUGCCUCUUAUUAGAGUAACUGAAAGCCACAGAAAGGGUUUGUCUAGAGAGAAAAAUAAGAGCAAUAUAUUUUUAUAUUUGAAUGUCGUUGUGUGUCUGUUUUACAGUCUGUAUUUGAGAUGUACGGGUAGCAUAACCACAAGUGUGUAAUUGCUUUUAUCAUUAAGAAAAAAGUUGCUGUUGAAUUUUAUUUCCUCAUCUGCAAAGCCAAGAAAAGUCUUUUACCCUAGAACUUGAUCCCAAAUGUUUCAGGAUAUUUUGCCUCAAAUGUGGGAACACACGUGUGUGAGUGCACACACCCACACCAAAAUGAGCCCACUGCUUGCAGUUCAUGGAUAGGUUCUGUACAUGUGUAUCAUUGAUAUGUACUGUACUUGUAUAUGAAUGUCAGGGUUCUUUCAUAAUGGUUGAUGCUUUUACCAUAUAUGAGCACAUUUCUUAUUAUGGGGUGUUUUAUUAUAAUCAGAAUGCCUAUUACAAAUGUAUUUGUUUUAUUAAAAAAUGGGAAGGGUUGCCAGGUCCUCGCCAUUGAAUCUUUGUGAUUGACUGACUGUAUAUGGCUUGUUUAGUGACUGAAAAACCCACCCAAUAUCAAACGUCCCUGCGUUUAAUCCCUUCUUAUUAAUCAUUCAAAGAAUUGAUAAUCACUUUUUUUUCAAAAGUUAUAUUCAAUGCCUGGGUACAAUACCAACCUAAAUGCUUUCUUUUGUUCAAAAUAUUUUCCUCUCACUGGCUUUGACUGCUUACUGAUGUAUAUUACUUCCUCCAUCAGGCUCUGUGAGGCCUGCUCAUUCUUGUCUGGCAGUGUGCUUUCUCCCAUGCAAUAGUACUUUGUGAAUGAGGAGCUUUUCUCAGUGCACAUCACUAAUUGAUCUGCAAAUGUGUAACUGGUCAGGCAACCCUUUAACUAGAGCUGUAAAUAUCAGUAAAUAUAAAAUGCGCAUAUAUGUUCAUUGCUGUCUGUACUAUAUUAAUUGAAAUGGUCCUGAAGAUAUAUUGUAAUAAUUAAACAUUAAUGGAUUUCAA